AUGGCCGGUGAUCGAGCAAUCAGUCAUGAUAUCUCAAUGAAUCAGUCACCUAAACCGACGAGCGAAAAGAAAUCCCAUAAGAGGAAGAGAGACCUCGAUGGCUCCACCGUCGCUUUGUCCACGCCGACGAAGAAAUCAAAGAAGGAUCGAAAUGAACCCUCUACGCCGGCUUCGCCCAAGGAAAGCAAGAAGCGAGAAAAGCGGUCUAAAGCGGUCACUGUCGAUGAGGUUCCGAAAGAGUCGACCAAGAAGAAAGGUGCUGUUUCGCCGAUCAGUGACAAAACGAAGUCACCAGGUAAACAUGGCGACAGCAAGCCAAAGAAGAAGAAACGAAGGACACCAAAAGACGAUAGUGACUCGGAUGCAAACCCUGCAGAUUCAGUAAAGGAACCCAAAAAGCUGAAAGACUCGGAAGAAGCCGACGACGAGGAUUCGACGAAGGCGAAGAAGAAGCACAAGCGGUCGCAAGCUGCGGAGCACGCAAACGGGGGUGAUGAUGAAUCGAAGCGGACAAAAAACAAGUUCGCUGGUAUAUUGUCGAAGUUCGAAAGGUCUGCGAAAGUUAAGAAAGCCGCAGAGAAGGAGGCUCCAGAGGAUGAGAGCCCGGUUCAAGACGAGAACGCUGCUGAGCCGGUUAUAGCGCAGGGAUUAGAGCCAAUUCCCCAGCCUAAACCCGUGCUUGAAGAGACCGAGAAGCCUACUUAUUCUUCACUUCCGCCCUGGCUAGCGAAUCCGAUAAGGGCAUCGGCCGAGACGAGAACCAAAUUUUCCGACCUUGGGAUUGAACCCAAGCUUCUUCGCGUGCUUGAGAGCAAUGGAUACGAAGAGGCUUUUGCUGUUCAGUCUGCGGUCAUCCCACUUCUUCUAAAGGGACCUAAGAAUCAUACCGGAGAUCUCUGCGUUUCAGCUGCUACUGGUUCCGGAAAGACCCUUUCUUACGUUCUUCCUCUCGUCACUGAACUGGAGCAGAUCCCCGCUCCCCGAUUGCGAGGACUUAUCGUGGUACCGACCAGAGAGUUGGUCAAACAGGCUCGGGAGGCCUGUGAAUUCUGCACGGCAGGAACUGGUCUGCGUGUUGGAUCUGCAGUGGGGAAUGUUGCCAUCAAAGACGAGCAGAGGACUCUAAUGCGAAUUGAGCAGGUCUAUAGCCCUGAAAGUGUCAAGGCAAGGCGGAAGGCAGAGCUGACAGGAGAGGAAUGGACUAACUUCAGUCUGCAAGACUACAUAUCUAGCACAACCGAUCUGGGCGAGACGUUACCGGGUUAUGUUCAUAAAGGAGAGCCUAAUGUUGAUAUACUCAUCUGCACACCUGGUCGUCUAGUGGAUCAUAUCCGUUACACGAAAGGCUUUACUCUGAAGCAUCUUCAGUGGCUCGUCAUAGAUGAGGCAGACCGAUUGCUCAACGAGAGCUUCCAGGAGUGGGUUGAUGUUGUUAUGCAAUCACUUGAUGCACGCAAGGCGCCAGAUGCGUUUGGCUUAAGUGGGCAGUUUUUGACGGACCUCGGGUUGCCUUUGGAGACUCAAGAUCCCAGGAAAGUGGUCCUGAGUGCCACCAUGACCAGAGAUAUCUCAAAAUUGAACUCUCUGCGGCUCACGAAUCCACAAUUAGUCGUUGUUGGCGCCACUGAUCAGCCUGUCACAGGGGACGAUGUGAGUGGAGUGGUUGUCGGCGCAGAUGAACGGUUUACCCUUCCGACGACAUUGAAGGAAUACUCCGUUGCUGUUGGAGAUGGGGAGCAUAAACCACUGUAUCUCCUGCGCCUUCUCUUAUCCCAAAUCAAGCUCGAUGUUCCCUCUACUGCGAAGCGUGCGAUUCGGGCUGCAUCUGAGUCCGAGGAGACUAGCUCAGAAGGGACCAGUUCGGAAGGAACCAGCUCGGACGAGUCGUCAUCCGACGACACGUCUUCUGAUGAGUCUAGCUCUGAAGACUCCGACUCAGAUUCUGACUCCGAUAGCUCGGAUGAUAGCUCUUCGGAUGAAGAAUCGGACGACUCGGACAGUAGCUCCGAGUCUGAAUCUGACGACGAAGAGCCUGCUCAAAAACCAUCCAACCCAACCUCUCCAAGAAAGACUGUUCUGAUCUUCACCAAGUCAUCUGAAUCUGCCUCCCGUCUCUCACGCCUCCUAACUCUACUCGAACCAUCACUCUCCAACCUCAUCGGCACGAUCAUCAAAUCAAACAAGUCCUCAGCAUCCCGCAAAACCCUCAGCGCCUACCGACAGGGCAAGCUUUCCAUCAUCAUCGCCACGGAUCGUGCAUCACGUGGUCUAGACCUCCAAUCCUUGACGCAUGUCAUCAACUACGACGUCCCAGCAAGCAUUACAACCUACGUGCACCGUGUCGGCCGUACUGCUAGAGCAGGAAAGGAGGGAUCAGCCUGGACGCUCGUUGCCCACAGGGAGGGCAGAUGGUUCAUGAAUGAGAUUGCCAAGGGUGCCGAUGGCAAGAUCACUAGGGCUGCGAAGAUCGAGCGGGUUCCUAUGAAGCUGGACAACGCCAAGGAGCUGAAGUCAAGGUAUCGAUCUGCGCUGGAAGUCCUUGAGACUGAGGUGCGGGGAGUUGGGCCGAAGAAGGCCGCAUCUUAG